AAUAACAUCACCCCACUCCACCUGGCAGCCAAAUGGGGCAAAGUUAGUGUUGCCCGAGUUCUCCUGGAGGCCGGUGCAAUAGUGAACGCUAGGACCCGGGAUGGUCUCACUCCUCUUCAUUGUGCUGCACGUUCUGGCUUUCCAGAGAUGGUAGAGCUGCUGUUGAAUGCGGGAGCAGACAGUUCGGCGAAGACGCGAGUAAGCGUCAGGCCUUGGCAGAUGACAUAUUUUUACAAAUUUACAAAGCUUGUCUAUGAUGCUCGUUAG